AAUGUGGACUCCUGUCAGCUGGGGAUGGAGUGGCCAGCCUCAGCCUUGUGUAACCCAUUGUUUCCAAAGGGCUGCAGGCUGCAGAAGCCCCCAAGCUCUCAGGCCAGCUGUGGCUUCUUUGCUGAGAUGGAGGUAUAGCCAAGAAAGCAGCCCGAAAAGUAAGAAGGACAGAAAAUCAAGGCAAAGAGGGUGGGUGAACCAGGCCAUACACGGUGGCCAUGGAGCAGCAGCCCAUCUUUCCCGAGGGAUGGACUGAGGGCUGGCUACACCCCUGACCAUAAAUGGCUUGGCCAGGGUUCUCUUGGAGCCACCUCUCAGCCUGCCUCUGCAGCUUUGUCAGCUAACUGUUCCUACAAAUGAAAGACGCAAGCCAAUAAAGCCAGUGAGAAAGGAGCUUGCCAAAGGCAGUGUACGAAGAAGGUUCUUGGGAGACUGUCAGAAAUGAGUUUUUCACUGAACUUCACCCUGCCGGCGAACACAACUUCCUCUCCUGUUACAGGUGGGAAAGAAACGGAUUGCGGGCCCUCUCUUGGAUUAGCGGCGGGCAUCCCAUCCCUGGUGGCCACAGCCCUGCUGGUGGCUUUACUAUUUACUUUGAUUCACCGAAGAAGAAGCAACAUUGAGGCCAUGGAGGAAAGUGACAGACCAUGUGAAAUUUCAGAAAUUGAUGACAAUCCCAAGAUAUCUGAGAAUCCUAGGAGAUCACCCACACAUGAGAAGAAUACAAUGGGAGCACAAGAGGCCCACAUAUAUGUGAAGACAGUAGCAGGAAGAGAGGAACCUGUGCAUGACCCUUACCGUCCUACUAUAGAAAUGGAAAGAAGGAGGGGAUUGUGGUGGCUUGUGCCCAGACUGAGCCUGGAAUGAUGCAGCUCAGUCAAGGAGCAGACCUGGCACUGGAACAGGGUUGAAAACCCAGGGUUUUGUACUUGGAGAGGAGAGAUGCCAAGCUGCUUCUUAAUCAAUCCAAAUUUCAUUUACAGCUCUGGAACACUUUGGGGCUGAUUUGUCUCUUUAGGGGACAUCGCCAACACGGUUAAUUCCAACUCUCAGAUCUUGUGCUUUAGUUAGUACAUGUAACUCACCAGAUGGGGUCCUUAGAUCCUGUUCCAGCUCCCAAUGGGAAUUUGCUUUUCUUUGUCAUUUUGGGAAAGGGGCUUGGUUUCUGAGUGUUUUGCCUUCUCAUCUUUUUUUUUCAUAUCCUUUUUCUAAAAAAAGCCAUCAGAUCUGACUUUCAUGGAAGUGUUACCGAGGUCAGCCUGGUGCAAGUUGGGAUACAAAUGAAACUUACGCAGGAUGUGUGAGAGGAAGCAGUUAAUUGUUUCUGAAUAUCUCAGGGUAGAAAUCAUGUGGAGCCACACAUUCCUGACCACAGGGAAGCACAUGGCUCAAUCAUGCCACACAGCAGCGGAAAGAAUAUGGACUCUUAAGUCACAGCUACCACUGAGCAGCUGUACGACUUUGGAGAAGUUGUUUAACAUUUCCAAGCCUCAGUUUUUGCUUUUUUAAAGGAGGGAAAUAUUUGCCUCAUGUCAUAAUUGAAAAGAUUAAAUAAGAAAUAAAGGGAAGUGUCUGCUACUUAGUUGCCAGUCAAAAUGUUAGUUCUCUCUCUCUACCCCCUUCCUCCUACCUCUUCCCAUAUUGCUUGCCUCAUAAAAUAGCUAAUCACCAGCAUUUGUUCCCCAUAGUCACAGGGUCACAAAAGGGAACAUUUAGGGCAAAUUUUCUCCAUGGCCUGUGAUCCAAAUUGUUAUCUAAAGAUGAUUCUGGGUGUUGCUGGUAGUAUGUGAAUCUUCCAAUCUCGGUGUGAUCGUGUCCUCAUAUGAAUCAGGAAAAGGCAUGUUCUUACAAGUUCCAAAUUCCAAAUACAGAGACUGGUGGUGUUACAUUUAACCUUAAAGAUGUUAAUAUUGAUGGAAAUUCAUGUUUCAUAUUAAAACAACACUUUGUCUUUACAAUGAAACAUUUUGCUUAAUUUUUAAAGUAAGACAUUAUGAUACCUCUGAUGGCAGUUCCUCAAAUAACUUUAACUUUUGUGCUUUAGGGAUAGCUGUUAAAGUUACAGCUUCUUUUAUUUUAAUUUUUUAAAGGCUUCAGAUUAAACAAGAGCCCUUAAGCCCAUGCAUAGCAUUGCCGCUUCAUCUUGCUGAGGACUCUCUCCAAGGAGGCCAAAUGGAAAACGAGAGGCCACUUCAAGUGGUGUUGGCCCGUUGAGCCUAUUGGGCAAACUAUAACCAGGUUGCCAUAUUUUGUGUGGAUUACUCCAGGAUAGGCCACCUUCCAGCUUUCUCUUAUCCCAGUAACUCCUCUUCCCAUUUUCCAAUCCGUCCCCAGCCUUUUUUUUUUUUUUUUCUGUACUCUUCUUUUGCCUUCAAUAUGAAUUUCAUUUCCUCAGUGACUUUGGGCAGACUUCCUUCUAGCAUGUGUCAGCUACCCUACCACCCACCUGGCCUAGGAGACGCAUCAUUCAUUGCUCCUACUUGUGUCUGUAAUCAGAGAGUAUUUAAGGAGGGCAGUUCUGCGAUGGACUGUGUGUGUGUUGAAAGUAAAGAUGGGGGGAGCGGGGAAGGCAAGAGUUUCCCCAAGAGAUUAUUAGAAAUGAGGGCUGUAUCUACUCUGUGGGAAUGGAGAAAAGAACCAAGUCCUUGGAUAUCAUGGGGAAAGCUGUUUGGCAGAAAGAAAAAUCAAGAGGACCCAAGUGGAUGGAGACAGGACCACAGGAAUGGGCCAAGGACCAAUGUGCCUGCCAUUCAGCCAGCUUGGGACAAGCUUUCACUUUCACUCCCAUGAGGAGGCUUCCAGGCAGCCUGGUUCCCCCACGUAUAGCCAUUGCCCUCGAGCAGGCCAGGCCUCCCAGUGGGAAGGCCUGGGUCCAGGGCAUCUUAAGUUCAUCCACCAGCUCCAUGAGCCACACAGAUAUCCUAGAAAAUAUUCCUUUCUCACACAGGGCUUCUGAUUACUCAGAAACAUGCCCCUCUUCCCUGAAUAACCAAGAACAUGUUCUAUAAAUCCAAUCUCUGCCACAUGUCAACACCUGCUCUUCAAAGCCCCUUUUGAAACUCAGUUUUGUGCCAAGUCCUCUGGAUCUAAUUACCUUAAACAAGCAGAUUUAGCCCUUUUUAAACAGAUGCUCCCAGUCAUCCUGGUGCUUGUACUUCUCCUACAUGUCAUGACAGACCUUGGAUUUACUGAGAACUCAGCCGUGGCCUUGGCUUUGAUACUUAUAGAUGUCAGCCCUUGGGCUGAUUGUUGAUCAUCCAGAGCCUCAGUUCUGUACUUGUAAAGUGGAGACAGCAGUUCUCAUCCUCCUAGCCCAUGGGGUGGUUGUGAAGCUGGAUUGAAAUAUGCGUGUGACUAAGCCAUGUAGCUAUAACGUGAGGGACGAUUUGUAUUUUAGGUCAGUUAUUUUAAUUCUACUUAUAAUCCAUGGCUUAGAAUCUUUAUUUAAACAUUGUUUCUAUUAAACUAGAAAGGCCCAGCAUUUCUGUCAUUUACUUCUGCUAUGAUACACAAGAACUUAUGUUGGAAUGAAGUGAAAAGUAAAAUGGCCAUUCUUAUGAACCUACAAAA